UGAGUGCAUCUAAUACAAUUAUUGUAAAUAAUUGUUUUACUUUUAAACAAUAUUUUAUAUGAUUUAACCUACAUUUAUUAAUUAAUUUACUUCUUUAAACUAUCUAUUAACACAAUAAAUUUCUAAGAAACUAAACAAUGACUGAAGUGCAGUUACAAGAAUUUAAACUAGAUCCUGAUUCGGAACUUAGAUUUGAAGUUGAAACUAAAAAUGAGAAAGUUGUUUUGGAGAUUAAAAGCGGUUAUGCGGAAUUGUUUGGCACGGAACUUGUGAAAGGAAAGCCCUAUGAAUUUCACACAGGUGCUAAGGUUGCUGUGUUCACAUGGCACGGCUGCACUGUGGAGUUGCGUGGCCGUACCGAAGUUAGCUAUAUUGCCAAGGAAACACCAAUGGUUAUUUAUCUAAAUGUGCAUGCGGCACUUGAGCAGCAGCGCGUAGCAGCAGAACAGGAGAGCACGCGGGGCCCUGUCACCAUGAUUGUGGGCCCGGGGGAUGUGGGUAAAUCUACGUUAACUAGGAUAUUACUGAAUUACGCCGUCAGAAUGGGGCGCAGGCCCAUUUAUGUGGACUUAGACAUUGCUCAGGGGCAUAUCAGUGUCCCUGGAACUAUAGGUGCUUUAUUAGUGGAAAGACCGGCAUCAAUCGAGGAAGGUUUCAGUCAGCAGGCACCACUCGUAUACCACUUUGGGCACAAGUCACCCAGUGAGAAUUUAGAACUAUACAAUACUAUAGUGUCCAGGUUGGCAGAGGUCGUAACCGAGAGGUGCGAGAACAAUAAAAAAGCUUCCACUUCCGGCGUUAUAAUCAACACGUGCGGCUGGAUCAAAGGCCCUGGGUACAAAGUGCUUACUCACGCAGCGCAAGCUUUCGAGGUUGAUGUGAUAUUAGUAUUGGAUAACGAAAGGUUGUACAAUGAGCUGAAGAGGGAUAUGCCGAAGUUCGUCAAAGUCGUCUACUUGCCGAAGAGCGGAGGUGUUGUGGAACGAUCGACGACGCAACGCGCAGAGUUCCGAGACUCUAGGAUCCGGGAAUAUUUCUACGGGAAGAGAACACCGUACUAUCCGCAUUCGUUCGACGUCAAAUUCAGUGAUCUCAAAAUUUACAAGGUGGGCGCGCCGUCGCUGCCGGACUCGUGCAUGCCGCUGGGUAUGCGCGCGGAGGACGCGCUCACCAAGCUGGUGUCGGUGUGGCCGACGUCUGCGCUGCAGCACCGCCUCCUCGCGGUCUCCUUCGCCGCCGCGCCCGACGACGACGUGCUGCACUCCAACCUCGCAGGCUUCGUAUGCGUUACGGCCGUGGACAUGGAACGGCAGACCCUGACAAUUCUGUCGCCGCAGCCGCGUCCGCUCCCCAACACUGUGCUGCUCCUCUCCGAACUGCAGUACAUGGACAACCAUUAGCACGCCGCGACACGUCUAGACACGUCUAGACGCGGCUGGAUUCGUCGCUACGUGCGCACAUCGCAUCUCACUGUACAUACCAAUGCUCAUGUUACAUUGUUAAGUAUUUAAGAAUUUAGUUUAGUAAAUAAAUUUGA